AUGCAGAAUAUCAUAAUUCGUCAGUAUCGCUUUCUUGCAAAAUACCUGGAACCUGAAUUUUUUAAGGAACCUGCUCUUCGAAAUGCGAAUGCAAGACCCCGUGAAAAGCUUCAGCGAUUAUCUCAUGUACAAUUUAGUGAGCUCUUAACAGAUGUCGCCGAUGAAUUACAAAGAAGGAUUAAUAAUGAUCCAAAAGUUCCAUUUUUACCUCCUGUGGAAUCGUAUCACCCCAAACGAAACCAUGCCCGCCAGAAAUUGGCUAGUCUGGCUCCAUCGAGACUUCGAGACUUAUGUAUGGAUGUAUACUUCGAGGUGCAGGCUCGCUAUAGCAAUGCACUCAAAGAAGUUGAUACCACUCCUUCUAUAGCCCAGCCCAAUCGGACAACUUCACAUCCUCAGGUGCCUUCUCAAAAGAACCCUCCAGCAGUCCAUGGCUCAAAAAUCGAGGGGCCUUCCUCGUCUUCUUUGCAUCCAACUGAACGUAGAACUAUAAGUUCGCCAAAUGUAGUCCAUCCAAAAGCGGCAAGCCGUGAAGUACCGUCUUCAUCAUCCCAUGCUUUGCCAACGGUGCCGGAUGCUGUACCAAAGAGUUCUCCUCGUCGUGUACCCGAAGAUUCCCCAACCAAGUAUUUAGCUAAGAUUGAGAUGUUGGAGAAUAAUCUCGCGAAAUCAAAUUCUCUUUUGGAUGUUUCAAAAGCAGAAAUUGAGUCUCUGAAAACCAAAAUGAAUUCUGACGCUGUUCAUCAUAAAAGCAAAUUAUUCAAUAUGGAGGAGAAACUUCAUGAAACGUCGUUACAAAUCACCACUUUGAACGAAAAGCUAAAAGAAGCUCAAUUAACAAGAAGCGCUUCUCCUGGAGGUGUUGAUGGUGAGUUUGACAAAAGCUUAAAAAUGAUGCAAGGGCUCAUAUUGUCGGAGACAACAAAGGUGCAUCACAUAAAUGAAUUAGAAAGAUCUUUUGAAGCCCAAAAAGACGAAAUAGAACAUUGGAAACGAGUCGCUGUUAAUGCUAAAGCUUCUAAAAUUGAUGACGAUGUUCGCUUAUUUACAAUGAACACUGUUUCUAUGAAAACGGUUCGUGAAUUGUUGUCUCCAAAUGGUAUCGUAGACGAGCAACUGUACGUUCGCUAUUUUGUAGAGAUGAACGUAUUUGUAUCGUCUUUAAGAAAAGAUAAUCCUUCGCAGUGGAUGUUGACUGCUAAAGAUAUUGCCUUGACCCUUGAGGCUAUCGUUUCCGGUCUUCGAGAGGCAGUUCUCACGAAAGAGUUACUCGGUUUAGGUAGUAGUAUAGAUGAUAUAUGUACCUUCACCAAUAAUUUGAUGCAACAAGUUCGAGUUGCUGGUUCUAACGGUGCGUUCCCAAUAAGUCAUAUUGAUGCUUCUGCUUGUUCCAUUAGCGUUACUUUGUUGGAGAUUGUGAAAAAGUAUGGUCUGUUGGAUUCAGGUAAAUCUUCUGCUUCUUAUGCAAGAACCUCCCUGCAUCCCAUAGAUGAUUUAAAGAACCUUUCUGCUGCCAAGGCAAUACUCGCUGAUAAAACAAGGCGAUACAACGAGGUAAACCAACAUGUCUUGAAUGCUAUUAGUGAUGACAGAGCAACUUAUGAAGUGCAGCAACUUAUUCACAUUUUGACCAGCAUUAUCCGAGAUACUUUGUUUGACGUCUCUGCUCCUUUGGAAUUGAUGAGAGACCGUAACGCAUUUGGAAUUAUUCAUGUGUCUCUACAAGAAUUACGAAAAUGUUGCAUGCUACUGUGUGAUUAUGAGGAUCAUGAGCAGCCUUCCAAUACUACAAUUCCCCCGCUGACUGACCUUGCUUUUACUACGGCUAAAUGCUUCAAAAACAUUCUUCGAUCAAUUGAGGAUGCUGAGUUCACUGUUCAGAAAACCCAGUUUUCCAGUAAAUAA